AUGCAAUUCGUAGCCGUUGAAGCCAGCCCAGAGAUUGCUGCACAGUAUGCACUGACGCAUCGAGCCAACCUGGUAGUUGCAUCCGAUUCCAUGCCAGAGGACAUCUUUCUUAAUGACUUGGACUGGAUUGUACAGGCGGACAUUUGUGACCCAAAGAUUAGGAAAGCCAUCCACACUUGGAAACCGAACAUCAUUUGCAUCAGUAGCCCAUGCCCACCCUGGAGCACAGCCGCUGCUUCAGCUGGAUUGCAUUCGAAAGAGGGUUUAUUGCUUGCCCAGAGCAUCCUUGAAGCCAGAUGGGCACGACCAUCGUUUUUGUUGAUUGAACAGGUUGCUGGUUUUGCACAUCACCACCACAAGCCGAUGAUUGAACAACUGCUCUUAUACAGUGGUUUCCAGCUCAUUUUUCAGAAGACCUUGGACUUGAGAGAUGUUUCACAACCAGCCAGACUCCGAUGGUUAGGAAUAGCUCGAAGGGUGCAUGCUCCUGUACAGAAGCUGAAGAUUCAAGCAUGGCCACGCAAGCAAGAAAAUCUUUUCCCAAACCCGACAUUAGCUUUGCCAGAAUCCUUGAAGCAUCAGACGGUAGUCACAGCGCAAAUGGAAGAAGUGGCAAGCUCUCCCGACUUUGCCAAGCAUUCGAUUGCAAAGACACCUGCCCAAAUUCUCCAAGCCAAGAUUUUCCGACCAACAGAACACUUGCCUACUUUCAUGGCGAAGUAUGGCACUCAACAUCUGCUGGACAAGACUUUCUUGAAGGAUAAGGGAUACUUUGGUCAUUUUGUACAUGACACAACUGUACCAAAGGGUUUCAGACUGUGGCACCCCAGUGAAGUUGUUUUGGCACAUGGCAUUGUCGACGUGAUGCACAUUCCAAAUGAUUUCGUUUUGGCCAACAAGAUUGUAGGAAACAUGAUCGCAGUACAACAUGCCAUGUUCCUACUUGGGAACGCGCUGACAGGUCUCACUGAGGACAAAGUGAACAUCAUGGACUUGUUUGACCUUUUCCAAAACAAACGAUUCAGGGCGGAAACCAGUCACCUUUUUCCAAUUGGGGAUGGGCACAUGAUUAUCCAAAACAACAUGCUACUCCUGAAUGACCUUUGCGAUGCAGCGCAGCAGCUCCUGACCUGGAAACAUGAGCUCCCCAUGCAUGCCAUCUGGACACCAAAACAUGGGUUGAUUGACAUGGAAAGCAUUCACAAGUUAAUCAUGCCUAGACCCCAGUCAAUGCAGUCUCCGUCGCCACUCACUGAGGAAGAAACUGAAUUAGAAGACACCUUACCAGAUACGCUGGUAUGGCAGCCAUUGAUCAGGGGUGAACUCCAAAUGGAAACAAGCCAGCAGCCUUUUUGGUAUUCCGCAGACAUGCCAGGACACGUCAUUGCUAAGGUUUGGGAUUUUGCCUUUGGGAUCACAUUCCGAGGUGUGGAACAUCCGACCACUGCGAUCUUGACGCCCACAAUAGCAGCCAUCGAUCAAGACCAUCCCACAGACAAACGCUGUGCAGUACUGUUGAUAGAAACUGAGUUGAACCUCCUUUCUGUGGAUCCUCAAAUGGCACUUUUAAAGCAACAUCAGAUCAACAGUGUAGCCAACAUCCUCUACGACCAAUUUGGACCUGUAGCAGUAUAUCAGACUGCAACUUUCGAUGCCAUCUUGACUGAUCGGUGUCCAGAAUCUGAGGGCCUGGAAGUACUUCUGAAAUGGGAUUCAAGACCACUGUGGCGUGGCCACUUGCAUCCGAGCCAUGACAUCCGAUCCAUUGCCAUGAUCCUGUGCCUCGCCCUUUUCCCCAUUUCCAAGGGAAAAGUGUACCGAAUUGUUUCAAAAGGCAAGCAGCAACCACCAGAAACAACGAUCCAGAGCCUUCGUAGCACAAGCACACAGCCAGCACCCAUUGUACUUUUUGCAGUGAUGGAGUUACAUGGAGGAGGAGCAAAGCAGCAACAAAAAGCAAUUCAGCAAAGCGCCAUUGCCACAGCAUUUCUGGAACAAGGGCAUCCGUUGGAGUGGACAGCCAAGACAGUUGAUAGCAUUGUGGACAAGGUCAGUCUGCAUCGACUCCAAGCCAUCACAAGUCAGCCAAAAAGAAGUGCCCGCAUCCAAAGCUUGAUGCAGUUAUGUGAAGAACUCAAAAUCCAAAUUCCAGAAAUCGUGAAGCCUCAAACCAAGAGUGUCGCAGCCGGGGCUCCUUGGCAACGCAAGAAGAAGAAAGAGGAAAUGCCCAUUCAGCUUGGGGAAUUCACACUGGUAGGAGCCUUCUUUAUGAAUGAAGACGGAAGCCAAGCACCACAAAUUCAGGGCAUCCGACCACAGGCAUCCGGAGUCUGCCUUAUGAAUGACAUUCAGGCUGCCCCAAUUCUCAAAGAAAAUCAGAAACUAUCCAGUGAUGAGCUAGCAAUCCUGGUAGUUGGACACCAAUACCCGGAACAUGUGCCAUCCCAGGAAGUCACUUUUCCCUGCACCAAUGCCAAUGGACAAGAUGUUCUGCUUUAUGGAAGAUUGUACCAAUUGGGAGGUAAACAAAUCCAGAUUAACCAGGGAAACCCACAGCAAGUCCCAGCGACCAUUUGCCAGCUCACAGCCAUCACAAUGUACAAAGAGGACUGGCCUGAACAGACAUGGAAUGAAGCAAUUCACAGCACAAACUCGUUCAUCCGAAAGGUGCUGCUCACUGACCAGUUGGACCAAAGCCUGCAAGCAAUUUGGGGGAGAUCGUUGAGACAUGGGAGAGCACCGGCAAGCCCUCAGGAUGCAACAAGUGUUCAGGUGCAUGCCACAAUUGAGGCCGCAAAUUUUGCCAAGCUUUUGCAGAAAUCAGGAUUCAACAAAUUGUAUCUCACACCCAAACAGCAGUCUGGACGCCCAGCCAGUGAAUACAGAAUUGUUUGGUUGCAUGGAGAGUGCUCAGUUCCGAAAGCAAUUGCUGCCAGCGCCCAGACAACCAAUUGUGCUGGCCUUGUCAGGGGAAAAAAUGGAGCACUGGGACUGAGAUACCCACAAGAUGCUUUUGAUGCAGCAUGGAAAGUCAUUAACCCCCAGACUGCGCCACCCAGCGACUUCCAAGGAGAUCAGCUGUUCAAGAUUGAAAACUUGCCUUUUGGAACCAGCCAGCAAAUGAUCACUGCAUGGGCAGAAGCCAACAACUGGAAAUGCAAGCCUUUCAGGGCCUUGGGACCAACAGCAUGGAUGGUCAAAGCAGAUGCAGGCCCUCCUUCAGGCCUAUUGAUGUUCAAUACAUCGCCAUUGCUGAUUCGAACAAUCCAACCCCGAGAUGCCAAGAAGAACCGUCUCGUCCUGGGACCUCGACAACAGGCAGUACAGCCAGCCGGAACCGAAGCCGACCCCUGGACACACAAUGAUCCAUGGGCAACAUGGCAACCAGCCAGAACUCCAAUGCCAGCCACAGCUCCUGUGGCUCGAACAUUGGAAGGACCUAUUGAAGCCAAGUUUGACAGCCAAGAACAAAAGAUCUCAGCUAUCCGAUCCGAACUGGAUGCCCUUGCAAAAAAGCAGGAUCAGCAUGUCAAAUCAGUCCAGGAAGAGUUUGUCAUUGCGCAGCAAAGAGAGCAAGAGGAAUUUUCCAAGAUUCACUAUGGAAUGCAGAAAAUACAAUCCGACCUGGAUCAGAAUUUGGCCAACACAAUGAAGCAGCACUCACAAGCAAUGGAACAGCAGUUCCGAGAUCUGAAAACUCUUUUCCAGCAGUCGCAAAAGAGAUCCAAGCCAGAUGCAGCAGAUGAACCCAUGGAAUGA